AUGGCUUUUAGCAGCUUCGGGAACCAGGGCAGCGCUCCUAUGGGUAGCGCUGCUUCCCCCGGUGGUGUUACCCAAGGGCCCGAACUGGAGCUCAUCCAGACGGAGGUUCUAGGAUUUAAGUCCAUUGCCGGCGAUGCGAAGCUGCAACUGACAUCUCCCUGGUCCACCCCUCCUACCGAUACAGCAUCCCUUCUUGCCAUCGCGGCGCAAAAAGGCCUUGUCGCAGCUGCCAGUCCGGACAGCAUCAUAGUCGCAACAACCGAUUCAGUGCGUAAAGCUUUCGAUGGAGAGAAGCAAAGCGAUUCAGACGUCCGGUUAUUUGAGCCCCAGCUCAAACUUCCCUUGUCUAUGCGUGUUUCUCAACUGGCAUUUACCGCGGACGAAACAUAUCUGAUUCUCUCUGCUGAGAGCGGCGGUGGCUUGGCCGUUUAUGAAGUCCAAUCUCUUCUCCGAGGCAAUACGCAAACGGCGUUUGAGCUUUCGACGAAUGGCGAGACACUGCGCGCUCUCGUCCCGAACCCUACACCUGAAAAGGCAGAGCUUUGCGCCAUUGUCACCACGAACGGCGGCUUGCACAUGGCAAACUUGAAGGAGCGUCAGAUCAGCAACCCGCUUAAGACACAAGUCAGCUGCAUCAGCUGGAGUACGAAGGGUAAACAACUAGUUGCCGGCUUGGCAGAUGGGACAAUCCAUCAGAUGACUCCAGAAGGAGAGGCCAAGGCCGAGAUUCCUAAACCGCCCAGUGUCUCCAAUGCUCAUGUUGCGUCCCUCACCUGGCUUGAGAACCACGUUCUGCUUGUUAUUCACACCAAUGCGACUGAAACACCUCCGUUGUCAACAUAUCACAUCAUCAACAGGCAGCCCCCUUCAUCUUUCACCUUCCAGAAGCUCACCGAUCCUGUCGAUCCGUUCGGCGCUGACAAGGCGCCACAUCACUCUAUCCUCAGGUUGAAGGACUUCCCGCCAGACCUGCAGGACCUCCUUAUCGUCUCUUCCACAGCGUCGCCCGAUAUUGGUCUUCUCAGCAGGUCAAAAAAGGCCUUGACUCCGGACAAGCCAGCCGAUGCAAUCACAAACGUUUUCACCACUACUGAACUUCUUGACGACUCGAAGCGAGCUCAAUUACCCAUGAGCGAAUCAUUUGAUAACACGGUGCCCAUCGGUGUCAGUCUGGACCUGUCCAGUAAAGAAAAGGUAUACAAACCUCUGCCGGCAGAUGAGGAAAUUGAGGACUCGCCUGGCCCGCUGCCUGGGUACUGGGUUCUCAACAACGAGGGUGUUCUUUGCUCGUGGUGGGUCGUGUAUGAAGAUUCCAUCAGACACGGAACUUCGUACCCCGGCAUUGGCACAGGUGAAACUCCUGUAACCAUAGCCAGUUCGGCGCCUGUAUCCGCCCCUGCGGCGACUGUGGUGCCGCCUGCGUUCGGGACCACAUCUACUACUACUCCUUCUGCUUUCGGCUCCAGCAACACGCCUGCCUUUGGGUCUCCCGCCCCCGCCUUUGGGGGUGCGUCUGCGCUUGGAUCAAAGCCAUCUCCAUGGGGUACAUCGCAGAACUCAGCACCCGCUGCCCAAGCUCAAUCUGCACCAGCAUUCGGCAGUAGCUCCUUUGGAAGCGGUCCUUCUUCUUCCACGCCUGCCUUUGGCCAGACGAGUGCCAUUGGUUUCGGCCAGUCGGCUCAACUUGGUGCGAAGAGCUCGCCCUGGGGCACGUCCGCCAGCGCUGGAGGUGCUGCAGCUUCGGGCUCUCCUGCUUUCGGACAGUCUGGGUUUGCGAACAAGGGCACCUUUGGCAGCAACACAAAUACAAACGGGCCUUCUGCGGCAGCUUCAGGAGGCUUCGCCAGUUUUGCCGGAUCGAGUGGGUUCGCCUCGGCCGGGGCCAGCACCAACAAUGGUGGAAGUAUCUUUGCGAGCAACAAGCCUGCGUCUGGUUCCCCCUUUGCCUCAUCAACAAAAGCUGAUACUGCCUUCCCCGCUCCCAACACAACCAGUACAAGUCUUUUCCAGAAGUCGGAGCCUUUCAAGCUACAAAGCUCUUUCAAGCCCGAUCCGUCGCAGAAAGAUAAUGACGAGAAGCAACCCCCGAGUGGCUCCUCUUUGUUUGGCAAUGGUUUCGGUGCCGCUCUUGGUGACGCUGCCAAACAAACUUCGUCAAGUGCGCAGUCGACAUCCCAGGCGACACCCCAGACCUCCCAGACAACAACAAGGUCACCCUUUAGCACGACCGGCACCGAGGCUCAGCAACCAGUCAAAUCACCAUUUGGUACAGCGAAUGCUGAGCCUCAGCAGCCGACCAAGUCACCAUUCAGCAUGAGCAAUAACCAAACAGAGCCAGCCAAGUCGAUAUUCAGCCUAGGAAGCACCCAGCCCAGCCAAAGCAAGUCAAUUUUCAGCACUGGCAGUACACAGCAGAAGUCACAAUUUAGCCUCGGCGGCACCUCUCCGGGCGAAACAUCCAAGUCGCCAUUCAGCCUUGGCGGUGAGCAAAAGAAGUCGCCGUUCACCCUCGGCGGUGAGCAGAAACAAUCACCAUUCAGCCUUGGCGGUAGCACAGCUUCUGAAGCAAGCAAAUCGCCGUUCAGUGUUGGCAACGGCGUUAAGUCUGGGCAACAGAGCAAUCCGUUCAGUAUCGCCAACUCACAGUCUGCUUCGCAAAAGUCUCCCGCAGGCCGUGAAAAUGAUGAUGUUGCCGAACCACCCAAGUCUCCAUUCAGCCCCCCUGAGCUUCAAUCGACUACGCCUACUACAACACCUGCGCCCAAUCGAUUCGUUCCCUCCGAGACCCCUGCAACGGCUCCUAAGAGCAGCAUCUUUGCCGGCUUCUCUUCCACCACAACCAGCAGCAGUGGCAAUUUGUUCAAGACACCCCAGCCGUCGUCUUCCAUCUUUGGGAGCAAGCCCCCACAGAUCAAAGUCGAGGAAGAUGCACCGCUGCCCCCAGAGUCAACCAGCAGGAAUGCCUACCCCAUCGGAGAUUCUUCAUCUGGGACCAAUACGGACGGUAGCAGUAAGUCUGUUUUCAAGGGAGACAGUGCACCACUUCCCCCCGACUUCACCACCACGCCCAAGUCGGCGCAGAACCGUGUCCCUGAAACCUCGCCGCUUCCUGCAGACUCUAUGGCCACGCCACGGCCGCACCCAGCAAAUUCGGAACAGAAUGAUUCGUCAGAGGGCUCGUCAGAUAGUUCUCCCGUAAGCUCCGUCGAGGAGGAUGCGCCCCUACCUCCAGACUUUAUCUCCAAAGCUACGUCCCGAGGCCCGUCGACGAUCCCUGCGGCGCCAGAAGACGGGAGUGACAGCGAUCUUGAAGAUGAUGUCGAGUCCGAGGGCAGUGGUAUCAUUGUAGGCAAAGACAUGAGUCCUUCAUCUACUGGCCUCACAGCAACCCCUGGGUAUACGCCGCAAAGCUCCUUUGGUGGCAUUGCGGGAAACGCGUUCUCUACAUCCCAGGCACAGUCCGAGAGGCCCCGCGGUCUUUUCGGGGAGAUGAGGCGCACUGGCCCAGUAUUUCCUCAACCAAACGCUACAAGCCCUCGGUCUCCCAGUCCAGUAAGAACGGCCAUCCCUCACAGGAUGUCGCAGCUGAAUGCAUCCCGUUCAGUCAGUGCUCCUGGCAUGGCCUCUCAGCUUCUGAGUGCUUCACAAAGAGGUGGGUCCAUGGGCAUGUCUACUGUUGCUAGCAGACCGGAGGAAGACCCUCAACUCAAACAGCAAAGGCUAGCUCGCUCUCGUCGCGAGGCCGAAGAAACGAAGGUUUUGGAAGACGAGGAAGACGAUGAGAUUCAGGCAAUCCUCUCCUCGGAUAUCGAACCAACUCUUGUUAUAGACGACUUCAUUGCCCAUACAAAUGCCGUGCCGUCAGCCCAAGAGACGAUUCCUUCUCAAGUGGAGGCGGUAUAUCGUGAUAUCAACUCCAUGAUCGACACACUCGGUCUGAAUGCGCGAUCGCUCUCAGCCUUCAUUCAGGGCCACAGACAGAACUACAAAGAGGGUGGACGAGAUAAAGAAGACCUUGAAAAUGCAGACGACUGGGUUCUUUGCGAGCUUGAUGAGCUCGGUGAGGUUAUCGAACGGGACCUGACCCAGGACCUUGAGGACAGCAGAGUACGGGACGUAGAGGAGAAGCUCGAAGCAUGCCAAGAUUUGUCAAAGGAGAUGUCACGCCUGCGUACGAAGCAGGGAGAUCUGAAAAAGCUCAUCAUGAUCAAGGUCGACCCUGACCAAGCUGAGGUCAGUCGAUCCAUGCCUCUGAGCGCGGAACAGGCAUCACAGCAAAGCGAGCUACGUCGCCAAUACGCCACCUUCUCGAAGCACCUCGCAGAAGCCGAGGAAGCUUUGACACUGCUUAAAACGAAGCUUGCUUCCUUGAACAGCGCCUCUGGAAAGGGUGGCCAAAAGGUGCCUACUGUUGAGGCCGUCCUGCGUACGAUUAACAAGAUGACGAGCAUGGUUGAGAAGCGAUCUGGCGAUAUCGAUGUGCUGGAGAACCAGAUGCGCAAGUUCCGUUUCGCAUCUGCGAACAGCCGCGAAGGGUCUCCCUUGACGACGCCACAGAAAAACAACCGCUCUGUCAUGUUCUCCCCCGAUCACCUUCGCAGCGAGUCGCCCCGCAACCCACGCAACUCACUCAUGUCUUCGGUCAUGUCUUCUGGCGGUCGAAGCACGACGCCACGGAAGAAACUGAGCGGCUUCAGCUCGGAUGAGAAAAGCGAGCUCAUGGGCAAGCGUGCGAAACGGCAGGCAGUGCUCGAUAAACUGAAACUUAGUGUGCAGAAGAAUGGUGUACAGCAGUGGCCGAUGCCCGACGAUACUGAGUAG